AUCCCAUCAUGCAUACCCUCUACAAUAAAAUACCUAAAUGUAGCUCCUGUUGACCCUUGUUUCUGUAUUUUAUCUUGGAAAUCUCUCUGGUUCUCCUAUGUUCAUUACAUUCAGACAUCACAUGCUGCACAGUUUCAUUUUCUUGUCAUUUCUCUUUUAAGUUUCUCAAUAGUUUAAUUUAAUGGUUAAUGGUUGAAUUUAAAUCAUGAGCUAUUCUUAGUCUAGAGAGUAUGACUACUUUUCUGUUUUUACCAGCUGCCCUGCUCUGCUCCAAAACUCAAAAUUUACUAAGUGCCACCCUCACUUCCAUCUUGUCCCAUUUAACUUUCUCAGCCUCACCGUCUUCCAUUUCAUUUUCUUUAAUGCCAACAUGUGCAUGUGCCCAAAUAAACUUUUUUAUGAUGAUGGACUCCAAAAGCUUUUAUUGUAUUUUCUUAUUUUGCAUCAUAUUCUUUGAAGCAACAGUUUUUUGAUUCAUUUAAUUACUUAUUAACAGAACUUGAAACUAAAGCCAUUCUAACAGCAGAUGGCACAACCAUACCAGCAGGGGGCAGUGUGACACUGAAAUGUGAUCUGAAGGGCGUUACUAACUUUAAAAGUAACCUCAACUGAGAAGAAAUCCAUAAUUAAUGGUGAAUAAGAGGGAUGUGCAUCUCUAAGUAAUGCACCUAGAGCAGCAGACGAUCACUUCCUGUCCUCUGGAGUUUACUUAAACCAGGAUUGCAUGACCUCUUUUGAAAUGUUAGCAAAGAUGGUGCUGUGACGUCUCAGGGUUUCAACAAGUGUUUUCCUGAAAGGCCUGAAAUAAGCCUCCGAGCAGCUCAGAUGAUUCUGCUGAAUGAUCAAGGACUAUUUUUAAAUUACUGUAGAGCAGUUUGAAAUUGAUGUCGGAAAUUGUGUGAAGAAAGAAGAGAAAGGGAGUGUUUGUGGUACGAGCAGAAAGAAACAGUGUCAUUCUCUCCACUUCUUCAUAUUUCAAAAUAAUUAGUUUGUCCUGUGAGACAAAUGGAUUUGUGUACAAUGUUUCAGAGCAUUAUAACCAUCAGCUUUUUUUUGGCAUAGAAAUAAAAAGCCAAUAUCUUAAACCUAAGGGUCAUGUGGAUGAACAUUGUUAUGCAGUCAGUACAAAUUUGUACUGGGCACAAAGUUAGAAUUGGUGAGAUAUGUGUGCGUUGAUCUGUUAACCAAACAUUUCCAACCAUAAAACCACUGCUAGCAUCACUAACACAAAAUACUGCUACAUUUUUCACAUUGAUCACUAGUCACAAUGAUGUUAAUCUGCUGUGUGAGCAUCACAGAGCGAUCUGAUUGAUACAUUAUGACUUAUGUUUAAUGCUUGUGUGUUUACAGAUAAGCACUUUGCUCUGACUUCCAUGAGAAAUAAAGUUGCAGCUAACCACAGAUGACUUUGACAGAAGCACCACACUAAGAGCUAUUUAUAUAGUAUGCAGAGCUAUGAAGAAGCAGCACUUAAAAACUGUUAACACAUUUGCCAAUGCACUGGACAAAGUUUCACCAGUAUCGCUCUAGACCAAAACCAUUUCCUGUAAAAACAGGAUUGAUCAUGGGCUGCUCUCUUCAGGGGAAGAAACGUUUCCCCUGAAGAGAGCAGCCUCCUGUUCUUUAAUAUUUAUCUGUCGUUUCUUCAUGCAUAUCAGUAUUUACGUGCAGUACACACAGACAGAGUGGUGACUGUGGUGGAAGCAACUUUAUUCACCUCAAACAUGUCAGCUGCAGCCAGUGCUUGAUGAUCUCUCUUGUAUGACAGAGCAAAGCUGCUGCUUCUUUAAAUGUUUAAGUCAAGUUCAAACCAAUAAACACCCUCACUCUCCGAUUCAUUAUCUCAGUACAUGCUGUACUCUAUUGUGGACAUGCAGGAGUGAAUAAAGUUUAGGACAGCAGUUUAAAAUAUCUGAUGACAGGAUGUGGUUAUGUUAUUUCUGCUGAAAUGUUAUUAUUAAACUCUAAUCUCUGACCUCUACAUCUAGCUCAGAUACACUUGUUUGUAGCAUUAAAUGCAGAGUUUGUAAUGUUAAUGCAGAGUAAAACUGGCUAUUGUUUGAUGUAAAUAUGAUUUUAUAGUGAUUCUCUUGAACAUUUAGGCUACUUUCUGUAACUGUACCUAACAGUGUUUUUAAAAAAUCCUCUGAAAUAUAUUUUAUUUAACUGUAACUUUAAUGUCUAAUAGUUGAAUUAUUAAGUGUGUGAUUGCUUUGAUCUGUGUACAUCAGGCUAGGUUAUAACCACUUCUUCUGCUUCUAUUUUGAUGGUAACCUCGCCCACUCUCAGUAAUUUUUUUCUGUGCUUACUUGUAAAGAAACAGUUUGACAGAUGAGAAGAGGAAACAGAGGCUGUGUACCAGUGAUGGCUGCUGGACGACGUUAUCGUAGCUUCGUGCACAACAUUGUGCUGCUGCUCUGGGUCUGUCUCCACUAUGUCAAGGCUUCCAGUGGAAAACACGUCAUUCACACAAAAGUUGGAGAUACUGUGGUGCUUUCAUCAGGCUUACCAACUGAAGGUGUAACUGCGGCAACGUGGAGAUAUGGACGAACAACAGUUGCAGGCAAAGAUGUGGGUGUUUCUAAAGAGUCUCCAUUUAAGGACAGAUCAGAGCUGAACCCUGAAGACUUUACUUUAACAGUGACAAAACUGACUCUUCAAGAUUCUGGUGAUUUCACUUUUGUCUCAGAGGUGAAUGAUGAGCAAAGGCCUUCAGUCACCAUCACUCUGCAAGUUCAUGAUGUGGAGACUUCCAGUGGAAAACAUGUUAUUCAUAAAAAAGUUGGAGAUACUGUAGAGCUUUCAUCAGGCUUACCAACUGAAGGGGUGACUGCGGCAAUAUGGAAAUAUGGAGAAAUAAUAAUUGCAGACAAAUACAUUGAAAACAAUAUGGGUGUUUCUAAAAGAUCUCCAUUUAAAGACAGAUCAGAGCUAAACCUGGAAAACUUUACUUUAACAGUGAGAAAAUUGACUCUUCAAGACUCAGGUGAUUUCAUUUUUGUCUCAGCAACAAAAGAGAAACAAAGGGAUUCAGUCAUCAUCACUCUGCAAGUUCAUGAACCCAUAACUAAACAGCCUGUCAUAAAAAUCAAUUCUACCCGGAUUUCCUCAAAUGAAUCAUGUAAAGUUCUGCUGGAGUGCAACACAACUGGUGAAGUCAGCUACAAGUGGACUGUAGGAAAACAAACACUAACUGGUCCCAGACAACAAUACAUCAUCAGGCAGGAUGGAGAGACCAAUGUCACCUGCACAGUUUCCAAUCAUGUCAGUGAGAAGUCUGCAUUUCAAACUGUGAAGUGCAGCAAAGAUCAUUCACUCAGAAAAGAAACAGAGUGCAGCUCUUCUUCUCUUGUGAUGUUCAUUGCUGGGCUGUUUACUGGAAUAUUGAUCACUCUACUGUUGCUCUUUCUGCUUUACUGCAUAAAGCGUCUAUGUCACAAAAGGCUCACACUCUCUGAAACAAUCAACCAGGAAGAAAAUCAACAACAUGUGUACUCGGCUCUUUCCCACGGUGAUCGUUGUAUUUAUGAGACAGUUAGAGGAUCUGAAGAUGCUGGACCAGCUGGAUCACAAAUACAGUGCAUCAAAUCAGACUAGACGAGCUGCAACAUUUAAGAUGUCCAAGAACAUGUUCUGAAAUUUAUUUUUUCAGGAUUGUAAAUGCCUAUAUUAUGUUUGGCAAGUCAUUUAUGAAUAAGAAAUGUAUUAUCUGAUCUCUGCUUUUGUCUAAGUUGGAAAUGUUUAAUAAACCUGUCUGAUGAGAUUCCAGUCUUUGUUUUAGUUCUCAGUGCACGCUUCUACACAAAUGCUGAUGGUGAGAAACUGAUUUGGGUUUUUUUCUACUGUGGUGUGCAUUAUUUCCACCACCCCCUCUCUACCCGGAUUGAAGAUUAACUGUGCUAAUAUUUAUGGACUUUUACAUAAUUUCAUAAUUUUUUUUGCAAACAA